AUGACAUCGGCGAUUACGUCACGCCUCAGUCGCAAUUUCGUGUUUCGUCGUAAGAAUCUCGACACAACAACAACACACGUUGGUUCGUUGUUAUCUCCGCGAUUCCAGAAACUUAUCGAAGACCUACGAUCCUGCAGAGACACUGUCGAAGUUUCCCGAAUCCAUGGCUACAUGGUGAAAACAGGGAUCGACAAGGACGAUUUCGCAGUGAGCAAGCUCAUUGCUUUCUCUAUACAAGAUAUCCGAUACGGCUCUUCGAUCUUCCAACAUGUCUCCAACACUAAUCUCUACAUGUUCAACGCAAUGCUCAGAGGUUACUCGAUGAGCGACGAGCCAGAGCGAGCGUUUCCUGUCUUCAACCAACUGAGAGCUAAAGGAGACUUGUCAGGAGCAGAAUCGGCUUAUGGGUUUUGUAUCAAGACUGGCCUUGAUCUAGAGUUGCAUUUGAUCACAGCUUUGAUAGGUAUGUUCGCCAAAAUUGGGGACAGGAGCUCAGCACGCAAGAUCUUUGAUUCUGCUGCUCGAAAGGACGUUGUUACAUGGAACUGUAUGAUUGACCAAUAUGCCAAAAUGGGUCUACUUGAAGAGUGUUUAUGGCUACUGAGGCAGAUGAAGUACGAAAAAGUGAAACCGAAUUCAUCCACAUUUGUUGGGCUGUUGUCUUCUUGUGCGAGCUACGAAGCUUCAUCCAUAGGACAGAGCGUUGGGGACUUGGUGGAAGAGGAGAGAAUAGCUUUGGAUGCGAUACUCGGAACCGCGCUCAUUGAUAUGUAUGCAAAGCUAGGGAUGCUUGACAAAGCUGUUGAGAUUUUCGAUAGAAUGAAGAACAAGGAUGUGAAGUCAUGGACCGCAAUGAUCUCUGGUUACGGAGCUCAUGGACUUGUAAGAGAAGCAGUAACUCUAUUCUAUAAGAUGGAGGAAGAGAACAGCAGUGUUAAACCCAAUGAGAUUACCUUCUUGGUUGUGCUGAAUGCUUGUAGCCAUGGAGGUUUUGUAAUGGAAGGAAUCAGAUGCUUUAAGAGGAUGUUUGAGGUAUACCGCUUCACACCCAAAGUUGAACAUUAUGGUUGUGUGGUUGAUCUGUUAGGUCGAGCAGGGAAGUUAGAGGAAGCAUAUGAAUUGAUAAAGAAUUUGCCAAUCACAAGCGAUUCAACGGCUUGGCGUGCUUUGCUAGCUGCUUGUAGAGUCUAUGGGAAUGCAGAUUUGGGGGAACGUGUGAUGAUUGAAUUGGUUGAAAUGGGUGAGAGACAUCUUGCUGAUGCAAUUCUUCUGGCCGGAACACAUGCUGUUGCAGGGAAUUCACAAGGUCUAACAAAACUAUUAGAUUAUGAGUUUUAUAAAGAGAAAAAAGAAGUUGGAUACAGCGCCAUUGAAAUAGAAUAG